CCGUCAACUGUUAUGAAACUCACGAUUGCCUCUGGCUCAAUGCCUCGACGUCGCCAUCACUGUUGUCACGGGUUGACGACGACGACGCCGAUCUAGAUCGAUAGCCUGAGCGAUGGCCUUGUGGGAGGAGGAGAAUUAUGGCGCGCUUGCCGACCGGGCAUGCUGGGCCAUGUUCGCCGUGACAACAGUCAUCGUUUCCCUCCGAGUCUUCUGCAGAGCAUACUAUGUCCGGUCCAAUGUCGGGGGGUUAGGUUUGGACGACUACAUCACGCUUGCCUGUCUUGUAGUCUUCCUGGCAACAUGCAUUCUCGUCACGAUAGGCUCGCACUACGGGCUCGGGAAGCAUUUCGAGACGAUACCCCCCGAAGACGUCACGACGGCGCUCAAGUACAAUGUCAUCAUCAGCGCCGUGCUGAUCUGGACCUUCUCCCUACCAAAAUUCGCCAUCAUCUCGACCCUCCAGCGCAUUCUCACCCCCGGCAUCAAGACCACGAUAGUCUUCUGGUUUCUCGCCCUGUCAUCCCAGGCGUGCAUCCUCGCCACGUCUGUCUGGUGGUUCAAGCAGUGCGACCCCGUUGAGCGUGGCUGGGACUUGACACUCCCGGGAAGCUGUGCGCCGGUCAGCAUUCUGGCGAACUUAGGCUACUUCACCUCGGCAUACUCGGCCUUUCUUGAUGUCUUUUUCGCUUUAUACCCCAUCCCGUUCAUUAUGCGGCUCAACAUGCCGCUCAAGACGCGCAUCGCUGUUGCAACAGCCCUGGGGCUCAGCGUGCUGGCAUGUGUUGUCUCAAUUUACAAGCUCGCCAUUUUCGGCCAGGUGUUCGAGAUCUUGGCCGUCGAUCCCACAUACCCGGUGCCAUACUUGGACAUCCUCGGUGUAGCCGAGGGGUGCAUUCUGAUGGUAUGCGCGUCUCUCCCGACUUUAGGGCCACUGUACCGCGCGAUUCGGGGCCAGGUCACGGACGGCAGCCGGGGCACCGAACAGAUGAUGACGGGAAGCGGACAGUACGGCAACGGGCAGGGCGCGUCGCACGGCGGGAGUCGGAACUGGGACAAGGUCAGGGGCCACAAGCUCGACUCGGACGUUGAGGCGUCGAGCCUGCACCUGCGCCCCAGCUUCGACGCCAUCCCCCUCGUCUCCACUGGCAACACAUCCUCGCGAGGUGGAGGCGCGGAACCGGACGGCAUGGGCGGCAUCCACAAGACAAUGGAGGUGUCGGUGUCUUCCGAGACCCUGAAGGAGGAGAGGCGGUGAGACUCGAGACGACGUUGCUCCUCGGCGUCUCCACUGGCAGGCACUAAGGUAUGAAUACCUUAGGGUGGGAGCAUCGUACGAUGUGUCCGGCAGUAUUGUUGCGCGCCUGGGUCAGGGAUGAUUCUUAAGAUAUCUGUAAUUGUAGCAUUAUGAGCGAUUCUUUGCGUGAGAAUUUGACUGAAACGAACCACAAAGCUGGACGCUAUCCUGUCAAGACGCGUACUCCCGUGGCAUGCCCG